GACAACCCAACAUCGAGCAACCGUCCGCACGGCGCAGAUGAAGGUGACAGCUGGGCAGCGGUAUGGUGUGCGUGAUAGGUAGGCGAAUUGAGGUCGUCGAAUUCCGACAGGCAGAAAAUGUAAACACAGAGAGAGAGAGUAGUAGAUGAUUUGUACAUUUAGUAGGAUUGUGGCCAUUGCAAAUUUGGUGAAAUAGAAAAGUGAAUUCUAGUGCAAAGUUUUAGUUUGCUAUUUGUUAAAGAUUUUGUUUGAGUGAAAGCGGACGAUAUUGAGAACGAGCUGGAGAUCCGGGAAGCUAGAUAGGGUAUUUCGGAUACAGCUAUCAUCAAGCGAGUCCCGAGCAGUCGAAGAUAACCUGAAAGGGGUAAAAAGGGAUUAAAGAAACUAUAAAAUGUAAGUUGAUAAAAGUAGUUUUAAGAAUGUUUGAAGAUUGCUAAUAUGAAUAAAUUUAGUUUCAAGCUGCUGUACAAUAAACACUGCUGUGGAAAUUACGUUUCGCAAAUUACUCCGAAACUUUUGACGCGAACAUUCUUGAAAAUUUUAUAAUGUCGCGAUCAAUUCAAGACCCGGAAAAGACGGGAUUUAACUGCGCGGGAUGUCGUCGUCCGGAUGAUGACGAAAGUGAGAUGGUGUUUUGUGAUCAUUGCCAGCGGUGGUACCAUUUCGGGUGCGCCGGUGUUUCGGCUGAAGUGAGGGAUGUUUCGUGGUCCUGUGAAGAGUGUCUGCGGCGUUCGGCGGACAAAGAGGGGCCUCCCGGCCUGGAAGAGGAGUGCGAGAAACUCGAGAAGGAGAUGGAGAAGGAGAGACAGGCCAUGGAACUGCAAACGAUCCUACACAGGAAGCGGCUGGAACACCAAAAGAAGCUGUUUCUGCUGCGGCAGGAAGCGGAAAGAGAAAGGCGCGAAAUGGAGUUGGCGUACGAGAAGGAGCAAAUGGAGCUACAAGCGGCCGAAGAAGAAGCGCACCGGAAGAAGCGCGACGAAGUGCUGAAGCAGGUGCAGAAAAGGCUGGAGAAAGUGAAGCUCGAUUCGGCGAGGGAAGAGGUAGCGGAACUGGAGGAAGAUGGAGCAUCCGGAGGCGAAAAAGGAGGAGCCAAGGAAGGUAGGAAGUCCAAGCAAGCGAAGCCGGGGAUGAAACAGCCGGAAGAAGAGGAGCCUGAGAAGCGAAAGUCGGGCAAAUCGGACCGGAAACUAGCUAAACCGGCCAAAGCAGACCGCGAGGAUUACCGUGGAGCCUUCAGCAAGUUCUCCACACCGAAGGCAUCUGGAAUUGCACCACCCGUCCUGCAGGACAUAACCUCGCUCCCAGCGGUGAGCCACAAGAAAACUCCGCUCGGCCAUCCGGAGCCAAGUCAGCGAACCAAGUGA